GACAGUUUCGAAUGGAAUGACAGCUGUCAGUUGUGUAUCAACAGUGCAAACAGCAUGCUGUCGUGACGAAAACAAACGAGUGUUUUACAAUUUCGGUCCAUAUUUGUCCCUUCUGCGUUAAACGUUGCAUUUCAAUGACUGAAUUGUGUUUGGUUGCUGUUGAUUUUCUUAGCCGAAGGCAAAGUGAAUCGUUGUUUAGAUAGAAAUAGUGGGUGAAUCAGAGAAUAUGUCACAGAAACGUGGAGAGUAUUGUGAUCCGGACUAUGGUCAAUUUCAGCCGGUUCGUACACACGGUGAAAAUGACACGAGAAAAAGUGUUGAAACAAAGUACGAAGCAAAAGCAAAACCAACAGAAACUCGAAUCGAGGCGAUUCGACGGAUUGUUGACAGGGAAUUCCAAAAAGAGCUCACCAGCAAAGAAUAUGAAUUAGAGGAAAUUAAUAGGCGGCUUGAUGAGACCAAAAAACUACUGGCCAAAGUUCGAUAUGCCGUCGUUUAUCAUUAUUACAAUCAGAAGAGUCUCAUUUGUUCGGCAGAAGAAAUUGCAGCGGUUGAAAAAAGCCAACAAGAAUCGAUGACAAACUAUCCACCACCCGGUGAUAAACCACAAAUGGCCAUUCAUCCAUCGCUCAAGAAAUUGCUGGGCAAACGACCAAUUGAUUACAAUGAAAUUCUUAAGACACGACCGGCUAGAAAAGCAGCCCAAAAUGCCACCGAACUAUUCCAGAAAAUGGUCAAAAAACCAACCGACACACGGAUCAAGUUGAGCGAAGCGGUUAUACCGGAGGAGGCUGAACAAAGCCAACAGAAUAAAAAACCACGUUACGUAGCUCCAAGUACAUCGAACGAACCGAUACCACAAGUUAAUUCAGCACGAGGACGGAACACCUAUCGGCAUUUACUUGUUGUUGGCAAUAUAUCCAAAUACAUUGGAGAUGAAGAGGCCGAUCUGGCCACAAAGGUGACGCACAAAUGGCUGAUUUAUGUGUUAACAAAGAAUUCAGUGCCUGUGGAACAAAUUGUGAGCCGAGCUCGAUUUUUUCUACACGAUUCCUACAAACCGAAUGACAUCGUUGACGUCAGUUCACCGCCGUUCCAAAUAUCGAAGCGUGGUUGGGGUGAGUUUCCCGUUCGAGUUCAGCUUUAUUUUCAUGCGCCGCUGAAUCAGAAACCACUGCAAAUUUUUCACACAUUGAUUUUGGAUAAGAAACACACUGGAAUGCAAACAAUGGGUGCUGAGACAAUAGUUGAAUUGUGGUUGAAUGUGCCAAAUUCGGUCAAUGCUGAAGAUAAUGCCAAACCAUCAACGAGUAAUAUAUCUUCGAAUCAAGCAAGUUCCAGUCAAUCUUCUUCACGCAAAAGUUUGAGUCAACCAUCUUCAAGUGAUGAAUCACCAUGUAAACCUUCAAAAUUAUCUCCAUGCAAGGCGUCUACGUUGCCGUGCAAACCACCUUUGUUUCCAUCUCCAUCUCCUACUAUAUCCGCUCAAACUCUAACGAGUCAUCAACUGCUUGAGAGCUGUCAACCUCCAAUGGUCAUAAAACAAGAGCCACUGCUGCUAAACCAUGAGUUAUUAGCCACACAUCCGCCGAUAAUAAAGCAAGAGCCAAUGGAAAUUGUAACCAAUGAAGAACUGUGGCCGAAUGGUCUUCCGAUUGCACAACACAUCCCACCUCAGUUAACACCAUUGAAUAUAAAAACUGAGCCGGUCAAACCAGUUACCGUGCCUCAGUUUAAAGUCUGUGAUCAAAACAAUGUCAACGUCUCGAAUUUGCCAAGUAGCAAUCGUGUAGCAGUGCCAGUGCCUGCUGCAACGAUAAAAGGAACCGCCAAGAAAACAUUUGUCAAAUGUGUGGGUAAAGAUGGCAAGGUGUCGUUGAUGGAGUUGGUGCGAGAUGAAAAGAAUCCGAAAUUAUUCAAAAUGGUUCUGCCACCGGGCGUUCAAGCGAAUAAAAUGGUUUUGCAGAGUGUGAAUCAGACAGGCGCCGCGGUGAAUUUCAUAAAGCCAAUGGCACCAACGAUGAAUGUUGUCGGACAAUCAGGGAACACAUCUGCUUCAGCAAGUACGUCUUCACCAGGCAAUUCGAUGAGUCAAAAGUUUCUAUCGCCAGUUAAGCUGCCUUUGGCAAACAUUCAUAAUCCAAUUGCUAACACCUCGGCUCAGCUAGUGAACCGCCGAAUUUCGAUGGGAAAUCUCACCAGUCCGACAAAGAACCAGCUACCAACGAUGCCAAAGCUAGUGGCUAUCAAUUCACCACAUCCAUCGACAAGCGUUCUAAAUCGACCGAUACCACCGCCGAAAAUUGUCGUUCCACAACCAGGGAUCACAUCGGUUUCAUCGUCUCCAAGACCAACGUCGAUGCAAAAGACCCAUUUCAACCCAAUCACCGGCAUAAUGCAGAAGAAUAACAAAAUUUCAGUGGUGGAUUCAAGUCGAUUACCGAAAAAUCAACAGCAAUCACUUCUCAAACCACAGGUGAGCCUGUUAAAACCACGCACCACCAUCACUACCGCGACAACCAACGCAAAUCAGCUCAAAAAGAUCACCGUUAGCAAUAUUUCUGGAUUGGAAAAUAGGAAUAUCACCGUUUUUGUACCGGCCGAUGUGAAAUUCGAAUCGAAUGUUCAAUCGAAAUCUCACACAAACAACCAAGUCCAUCAUAGGUACGACGAAGAAUUGGAACAACGGUUUUUGGCAUGCAAAUCAUUCACAAAUAUGACCGAAGCCAUUGGAUGGCUGCUGAAGAAAAUACCGCUGUUUUCAACAAUGGCAAAACAACCAGAGUUUAGAGAGUCAUUUCCAUUUGUCGUGCCGAGUCUGGCCGAUUUUCACAGUCUGCUCAUUCCGAAGCAGAGGAGUUUUGAGUGGCUACGAGCAAAACACAUCAGCCGUCUGGUUUUGAAACAUGAAUCGCUAAAAAUUCACCCAAAAUGGAGUACAAAGGACAUUGUUUUAUUCGGUCGUUGGUUUGGAUAUACGCCACAAUCAGUUGUUCACAAACCUUCGAUUAAAACAGAAGAGCCGGAACAAAAUGUUCGAGAAAUGGUCAAGUCUGAGUUGAUUCGAGAGCAUUUGCAAAACGAUAUCAUUAGCUUCAAUAAGAAAUUGACAAAGUGGAUCGAUGAUGUGGAAGAAAAUGUGACAAAAGAUUUGCUGAGGUCAAUGGAUGAUAAAGUCGUCGUUGUGGAUGACGAUGAUGAGGAAGAACCAUUGAAAAAAAACACGAGUCCAUUGAAAAUUCAGAAGAAUUGCUUGCAAUUACCCAAUCAGUGUCACAACGAAGUGAUGUGGAUUAAUGAGGUGUGCCGGAGAACGCAAAUUCGAUUCGGGCAAGAAGAAAUUGUUGAAGGCGUUUUGCAUCGAAGUGCUGAGCUUGCUUUUGCCACUGUGCUCAGAUCCUUUCUCGAAGAUCUCCUUCGCAAAUGUAGCGGUAAUAAACAACGAACGACGAAUUCACAAAGUUCAACCAGUGAGAUAAAUCCCGACGAUGUAAUGCAGACGAUAUCAUCGAUUCAGCAUUUCGACUUUUUGACGAAUAAAAAUUUAGGCAUCGAAAAACCCAAUCCCAGUCAAUCACCUUCGUAGACUUUUAACUGUCCAAUUCAAUCGUCAUUGAUAUUUAUUUUAUGGAAGCAUACUUUGAUACAUACGUAGAUUUCGGUAUUAAAUGAUGUAAAAACUCAUUCAAGUCUUUGAAAGCUAAUGGAAUUUUUUUUAUGAAAUUGUUUUUGAAUAAAGUUAUUAAAUCAUUUUUAAAA